AUGUCGCCUAUACCGAAAACCGUCCUCUUCGUGCCAGGAGCAUGGCACAACCCGCAAUGCUUCGCCAUCGUCGCCAAACAACUCCGUGACGUCGGCUACGCGACCAAACUAAUCUCCCUUCCCUCCACGGGCGCCACUCCCUUCCUCAAAGACUUCAACCCCGACGUCGCCAAAAUCCGCGCUCAGAUCCAAGCCUCUGCAGACUUAGGCCACGAAAUCGUCGUUGUCGUGCACUCCUACGGCGGCAUCCCCUCACAAGAAGCAAUCCAAGGCCUCGACCUCGCCAGCCGACGACAGCAGGGAGUUCCGGGUGGGGUGGCGCACCUCUUCUUCUGCUGCUCCUUCAUCAUUCCCGCAGGCCAGUCCCUCGUCAGCGCGUUCGGCGGUCAAGACCUCCCCUGGUAUGGUUUCACCGAAGACCGACAAGGCGUCUUCGCGCUCACGCCGGCUGACACGUUCUACAACGACUUGCCAGAGGACCAGGUCGAGUCUUCGGUGGCGAUGCUGAAAGACUUCAGUAUCAACUGCUCGCAUACCGUGUUGAAGUACGCUGCGUGGAGGGACGUACCGAGUACGUAUCUGUAUUGUACGAAGGGCAAUGCGAUUCCGAUGGAGGUGCAGAGGAUGAUGGUCGAGGAGUGGGCCGGGAAGCAGCAUGGCGUGAAGAUCAGGACGGAGACGGUGGAGGCUUCUCACAGUCCGUUCUAUUCGGUUCCGGAUGCGUUGACGGGGGCGAUUAGGAGGGCCGCUGGAGAGGUCGUGUAG